AUGGUAUCCGAUCCAGCAAAUGCUGGCAUUUCACCAAUCCAUUCAACCUACGAUGCUCGAAUCAAGGCUAUUCGCGAAUAUGAGUAUUCUAUGCUCAAAGAUCAGAUCUACCUCGACCAUGCGGGCAUGACUCUACCGGCGAAAUCUCUGAUGACUUCAUUCGGGAAUGAAAUGUCAAGCACCCUGUUUGGCAACCCUCAUUCAACGUCCACGUCCUCUCAGCUGUCCACUUCACGAAUAGAGGACAUUCGCAUGCGCGUGCUUCAGAUGUUCAACGCAGACCCAGCCAGGUUCGACGUAGUCUUUGUUGCUAAUGCGACGGCUGGCAUCAAGCUCGUAGCCGAAGCGCUACGAGGCACACCAGAAGGAUUCGACUACAUUUACCACCAAUGGAGUCACACCAGUCUGGUUGGCGUGAGACAAGAAGCCAAAAACAGCAUGUGUGUUGACAGCGAGGGAAUGAUUAAUUGGCUGGAUAAACAGUCCCGCGACUGUCAAGUUCGCGCUGAUAGGCCAACACUUCUCGCAUAUCCAGCCCAAUCAAAUCUCGACGGUCGACGUUUGCCUUUGAGCUGGUGCAACCUUGCAAGAACAUCUAAACACGAAAAGCGGAUUGUUACGUUGCUGGAUGCGGCUUCUUAUGUUUCAACUUCUAUGCUGAACCUUUUCGAUCAUCAUUCUGCACCAGACUUUACGGUCUUAAGCUUCUACAAGAUAUUCGGCUUUCCGGACGUAGGGGCUUUGGUCGUCAAACGGGAGUGUGCAGACGUUUUGAUGAAACGAAGGUAUUUCGGUGGAGGUACGGUGGACUCAGUUAUCAGUGGACCGGAAGCUUGGCACGCUCGGAAAACAGGGAGUAUUCAUCAACUCCUCGAGGACGGCACUCUUCCUAUACACAACAUACUCGCUCUAAACACUGCUAUGGAUACACAUUUCCGACUGUUCGGCACUACGAACGAUAUAUCGACACAUACUUCUUACCUGUCCAAGAGACUGAAGCGCCGCCUGCAAGCACUUCGACAUGGCAACGGGACGCCGGCGUGUGCAGUUUAUUCAACCGAGCCGGAGCAUCACAAUGAUGUCGGAUGUGGGCCAAUAGUAGCGUUCAAUCUCAAGAACGAGCACGGUUCCUGGAUUUCUCUUGCCGACUUUCAGAAACUGGCGAGCCUGCAGAACCUGCAUCUCCGAACAGGCACUGUUUGCAACCCCGGAGGAUCGUCUGCACUACUUGGACUGUCAUCCUUCCAAGUAAAGAAGAACUACGCGGACGGCUUUCGAUGCGGAGACGACAACGAUCUCAUCAAUGGCCAACCUACUGGAGUCAUUCGAGCCAGUCUUGGGGCGAUGAGCACGGAGUCAGAUGUCGACAGAUUCAUCAACUUCGUUCAAGAGUUUUACGUGACGAGGAGUGACAGUACGGCAAAACAAGACGAGAUUCAUUCUGGCCAAGACGUCACUACCGGCACCAUACAAGACAUAAUUGUAUACCCUAUCAAGAGCUGCAAAGGCUUUCAUAUCCCGAAACACACAUUUUGGCGAGUGCGGCCUGAAGGACUCAUGUGGGAUAGAGAAUGGUGCCUCGUGCAUCGCGGCACCGGCCGAGCUUUGAGUCAGAAGAGGUACCCUCGCAUGGCUCUACUGCAGCCAAGUAUCGAUCUCAAAAAUGGGACUUUGAGCGUUGUUUACUUGGGCUUCACACCUCACGGCACACCAGACUCUGUCUCAAUCCCCCUGACGGAGGACUCAGACGUGAGUGAUACACGAGGUCUGCUUGAAUGGACGAUCUCCAGAGUAUGUGGUGAGACUAUUAACGUGGAAAGAUACAUCUCUCAUCAUAUCAGCGAGUUCUUCUCCAAUGCACUUGGUGUACCUUGCGACCUCGCUCGUUGCUCGCCCAAGAUCCACAAAGCAGCUAUGAGGCUAGGGAAAGUCCGUCGGGUCCCGAAAAUGUGCCCCCAAAGCGCGUGGGAUCAGAGUGGCCCCCCGGCCCCUGCAUGUACGACACUGGGGACGACUCAGCAUAAUACAAAAGGCCACCAAAUUCUUCUUUCAAACGAAAGCCCAAUACUGGCAGUCACAACAUCCAGCCUUGAAGCUCUGAAUGCCGCGAUUCGAGCCAGCGGUGGCCGAGAUGUAUCAGCGGACGUGUUCCGUGCGAAUAUUGUCAUUGCAUCUUCACCAGAAGCAUCCGCAUACGCCGAGGAUGGCUGGUCGGACAUUCGAAUCGGCAAGUUGAACUUCAGUGUUCUCGGCCCUUGUCAGAGAUGUCACAUGGUCUGCAUCGACCCUGAGACAGGGGUCAAGGGCGCCGAGCCUUUUUUGUCACUUUCGAGGACAAGGCGAUUUGAUGGCAAGGUCUGGUUCGGCGUUCACAUGACCAUGGACCGGCAUGUUACCACUGAGGAUUCGUCGGAGGAAGCCCAAGUAGUCAGCGUGGGACAACGCAUUUUGGGUAACCCGGCAAAGUCUCCGAACUUGCCGGAGUUAACUUGA